AGAGCUAUAGUGUUGUAUGUUUUUAGUGCAGCCACGUAUCAAAGAUGGGCGAUUGAAACAUUCCUCGAAAAAAUACUCCUAGUCCACGAGUUUCUCUUUGAAAGAGAAACAUGGAGAAGCAGUAUAAUCUUCGGAGUCCCGCGGUGAAGAGGUUGAUGCGAGAGGCGAAGGAGCUCCGAAAUGCCACUGAACUAUACCAUGCUCAGCCGCUGGAGGACAACUUGUUUGAGUGGCACUUCACUGUACGUGGGCCACCAGAUACAGAGUUUGCAGGGGGCCGUUACCAUGGGCGCAUAAUUCUCCCGCCAGAGUACCCCAUGAAGCCACCAAGUAUUAUGCUUUUAACGCCAAAUGGGCGUUUCGAGAUUGGGAAGAAAAUUUGUCUGAGCAUGUCUGCCCAUCAUCCAGAGACGUGGCAGCCAUCUUGGAGCAUCCGUACUGUGCUGAUGGCUAUUAUAGGCUUCAUGCCCACCAAGGGGGCUGGGGCCAUAGGUGCUCUUGACUACACACCCAAGGAAAGAGCUGUGCUAGCCAGAAAGUCCAUGGAGUGGAAGUGCUCUACAUGUGGAUCAUGUAACAGCAACUCCCUGCCAGAAGGAAGCUCGGACUCAACAGAGACUAAAGAAGUUGAGCGUGAGAUCGAAGAACUUGCUGGUCAAAUCGCAUUUAAGGAAGAAGACGAGAAAAACAAGAAAACUGAAAAUUCUGAACGGGAAGCUAGCUCUGCCCCAGGACCUACUCCCACUGCUGGCACCACAGGUUUCCCAGUACCACCGGUAUCUGCAGAAGCUGGAAAUAUCCCUAAUCCCUGGCUACAAGCAGCCAAUCAGCAGCCUUAUAUGGCAUAUAACCCGUAUUACCAGUUUAACUACCCUUACUUUUAUGGACAAAUGCCACCAAAUAUGGCCCAAGGAAUGGCCAAUCAGAGUACUGCAUUCCCACCAGCAGCAAAUCAAGAAGAAGCAGCUACUACAACCAAUCAGCCGUCUGGAUCACAAGCCUAUCAAGCGACCAGCCCUGUAGCCAAUCAAAAUCAAGCUGCUAGUCCAACAGCCAAUCAAAAUGCACAGAACGAUAGUGUACUCCGACAAAGAACUCAAACCCAAGCCACCCAGCCUCCUGCUAUGCCCCAGCCCCCCUCGGCGAAUAAUGCAGGGGUGGUGGCUAGGCCUCAUCCCAGCCAUACCGGCAUGGCCUCUCUCAUUAUCUUGUGGUUAUUGGGGGUCUCCAUUGUGGCGCUUGUGCUCAGGCGAAUCUUCAUGGUCUAGUAGUAGAAUAACAACUCUCACUGUGGAGCUUGGAAGCUAUAUGCACUGGCCUUGUGUCAGGCGCGUACAGAGGGGGGGGGGGGGGAGGAUUUCUGCUUUCCCCUACCCUUGGCCGCCAAACAGUGGAUCAUUUCUUAUUGACGCACUCUAAAGAAAUACCCUGGUAUAUAUGACUGCGCACCAGUAUUUUCUGGGUACUCCCCCGAGUGUUUUUCAUAAACUGUAGCGUAUAGAAUAGCCCAGGCUCGAUAUCUCGUGAGAGGGCUGGAGCAAACGCGUAGAGACGAAGCUUUUGGGUAAAUGGUAACCUAUUUUGCUUUUUUAAUGUUUUUAAACGGGGUUAGAAGUUUAUCAUUUCGCUUAUUUGAGAAUUGUUUACUUGAUACUUUGUCUUUGUGUUGCUUACUCGAGAGCUUCGUCUCUCUGCGCUUUUUUUUUUUUUUUUUGCUCUCUCAAGACAUGCUAUAGUAAGCGCAAGCAGGCAGGGUGAACUGCAACAGGAUGAACGGGGAGGGCAAUGCAUCACGGUUGGCCUAAUUUUGACGCGCAAUGCAUGAUGGGCAUCCCAGACUGGGAGUGCAGGGAAUCACGGAUGACCUUAUUUGGCACGCAACUUGGAGUGCAAGGCAUAUUCAGGUUCCGAUGUUGUUAUACCACUGACCCUUGGCCGGAAACUUUAAUAAUUGCAUAGAAAAUCUGUAAAUACCAAGUUAAAAUAUAUGAAAACAAAUUGUAUAGUUUCUAUUACGAACGGUUUAAUGUUCUCUCUUAUCUGCAUGUGAAAAAGGUAUUAUGUGGAAGAUAUUUCAAUCCUUAAUUAAAUUCUAGAGUAAUAAACUUUGCACAGAAAUCCA